AUUUCCUAUAUAAAGGUCUCCCGACUACUCCAUCUCACUCAUUAAUUGGAAUUGAGAAGCAAGCUCUAAGCUCAUCAGUUCUAUUCGAUCAUCAUUAGAUAGAAGUUAGUUUAACACAUAUAACUAACAACAUAUUUUAAUAUACAUAAAGAUCAACAUUAGUAUAGCACCUAGCUAUGCCUUUCUCUACAGCUCAUUUGACUUUCAUGUUUGGAGUCCUAGGAAACAUAAUCUCAUUCAUAGUCUUCCUCUCUCCACUGCCGACAUUCUAUAAGAUUUACAAGAAGAAAUCUGGAGAAGGGUAUCAGUCAAUACCAUACGUAGUAGCACUGUUUAGCUCAAUGCUAUGGAUAUACUAUGCCUUUCUGAAAGCAAACACCACCCUUCUAAUUACCAUAAACACCUUCGGCUGUUUCAUAGAAACCAUAUACGUCAGCUUCUACAUGUUCUACGCCACCAAGAAGGCGAGGGUUCAGACCCUAAAGAUGCUUGGUCUCAUGGUGGUUGUGGGGUUCGGCGCUGUCGUCCUCGUCUCUCAGUUUUUCUUCAAAGGGGCGGUUCGCGCCCAAGUUGUCGGUUGGGUUUGCCUCGUUUUCUCCUUGUGUGUUUUUGUUGCCCCCUUAUGCAUUCUGAGGCAAGUGAUAAGGACAAAGAGCGUUGAACACAUGCCAAUCCUCCUCUCAGUGUUCUUAACGCUGAGUGCAGUCAUAUGGUUCUGCUAUGGUUUGUUCCUUAAAGACGUAAACAUUGCGAUUCCAAAUGUGCUGGGAUUUUUCUUCAGCAUUCUACAAAUGGUCCUUUACAUGAUGUACAAAGGCAAGAAUGUUAAGAAGGACAAGAAGCCGUUUUCGGCCGCCGCCGAGCAAGUACUAGUCGUACCACAGGCGCCGCCGGUAGUGUUAGUUAUAGUGACCGACGAAACACAAAAGUUCAAGCUGCCGGGGUUUUCGUCGGAGCUCACCACCGAACACCUCAUUGACCUCGUCAGACGCGGCUCGCUCAUCUGCCCGGACAAGAUUCAUCUCCCAGCAGCGACAGCGGCAGCGGCAGCGGUGGCGGAUGUUCACAUUCCCAUGUUGUAAUUAAUUAAUUUAAUUAGCUGCAUGCCAUUCUGGGCAGUCAGGCCGAUUAUAUUAAUUAAUUAAUUAAUGAUGAAGAAAAACUUACACACGGCACACAUAUAUAUUAUUUAUAUAGAAUUAUACGGAGUAUAUAUCUAGCUAAUUAAUAAGUCUAUAAGUCAACUUCAACUGCAUGCAUGCAGAUUUCUAUAUACAUAAUAUUUAUAUAUAAAAAAAAUUAAUAUUUACGUUUGUGUUACGUUUGUUUAAUUUGAUGUAACGUUAUUAUUUUCUCCUAAAGGCAAUGUGUAAUUACCUGUUGUUUCUAUACACUAUUUCCAGCAAUAAAAACAGUGUGAUUAUUCUUUUUCUCUGUGCAAAUUAAAGUGCGCGUUCCUUUCAAAAAAAAAGAAAUAAAAGUGCGCGUCUUGUUCCUAAUUA